AUGAUAAAUCCGAUAAAAUAAAGUAUUUGCUAUGUGCAAAGAAUAUAUACAUGUGGAUGUCUUUUAUUCGCAUAUCAUUUAUUGUCUUUAGCGAGAAUGACGAAAAGAUAAGGAUGUUCCUUGCAACAAGAAUAUGUGCGCGAAUAGCUACCACUAUAAAUUAAAUUAUAAUACGCAUGUCGGUCGAGUACGAGACGUGAGGAGCUAUCUUCCUACUUGUGCUAAUGUAUUCUCCAUCGUUCGUGAAUUCUGUCCAUCCUCGAUUCCGGGCUUGUGUCUAUCGACAAUCGUGGAAGACGUUACCGUUGCGAUCGCGCUUUUGUUAAAGAACGACGUGCGAUGGAAAAGCAGGAGGAGUUGCAGGAGCCAGGCAAGUUGCGGCAGUUUGUCUUCGCGAUAAUCGUAAAUCUAUCAUCGGUAUCCUAUGGAUUUAUGAUGGGAUGGCAAUCACCGUCAGUUCCGCAACUACAAAAUCCAUUGCCGGUCGUAGGAAGUGAACCAAUGACGGACAACAAUAUAUCCUGGAUGAAUGGCAUUUUAUGCCUGGUAGGCACUUUCGCGACUAUGCUGCUUUUAGUGAUACCCGACAAGUUCAGUCGAAAGAGAUUCGGUUAUAUGUUACUGUUGCCGAUGAUACUCUCCUGGCUGUUGAUCAUUUUCGCCACCGAGCACUUGCACAUUUACAUAGCGAAAGCCCUGAGCGGUAUCACUGGCGCCGGUGUAUUUUUCCUGGUGUCGAAUUAUGUGUCGGAGAUUUCGUGUGACAGCAUCCGCGGUAUAUUAGCAAGUCUCAUAGGAUUCUCUCUCAAUACUGGGAUACUGCUGGCUUACAUCUUAGGUGGCAUGAUGUCUCUAUACCAUCUCGCUGUAAUUGGUGCGAUAUUGAGCGCAUUGUUCCUGAUUACUUUCGUUUUCAUACCGGAAUCGCCGGUCUACUUAGUGCGUGAAAAUCGUACGCGUGAAGCAAUUAAAUCAUUGAAUCGGUUAAAAGCUGGAAACACUUCGGCGGUAGAACAGGCAUUGUCGCAUCUACAGUUGCAAAUUAAGGAAGUCACGUCCAUGAGAUCCGCCAAGUUGUCAGAUUUAUUUAGAGACAAAGCGACGAUUAAAGGACUGAUCAUCAUCUUGGGUUUGUUUUUCGGUCAACAAUUUGCCGGGAUCUUUGCGGUGAUCAGUUACACGGAGAGUAUUUUCCAAAUGGCCGGCAGUUCGUUAUCGCCGAACACAUCAUCCGUAAUUGUAGGAGCUAUCAUGCUCCUUGGUUCGUUUUUAUCAACAUCUCUAAUAGAGCGGAUGGGUAGACGACUUUUGCUCUUGAUAUCCUGCGUAGGAACGUGCACGUGUCAUUGUGUGCUCGGCGCAUUCUGCUACCUCCAGAACUUAGAAUAUGAUAUAUCCGCUUACGGUUGGAUACCAAUCGCAGCACUAUCCAUCUUCGUAAUAGUGUAUGCUGUAGGAAUGGGCAAUGGACCCGUUGUGAUUAUGUCUGAAAUAUUCAGCCGUGACGUGACCAGUAUGGCCUCGAUUGUGGGUCUCACUAUGUGUUGGGCCGCAUCUUUUGUCAUAAUAAAGACUUUCGCCGAUCUCAUCGUUUUACUAGGUACGCACGGCUGCUUCUUUUUCCUCGCUAUCUGCUGCGCAUGCAGUUUCUUGUUCUGCUUUAUAUUGGUGCCGGAAACUAAAGGACGGACGCGCGAGGAUAUUGUGAAUGAACUCAAUGGAGAAGUGCAGUAUGAAAAGAAUAAGAAUGUUAAACAUAUCAUCGAAACGGACUUGGUGCAUGCGACACACGUGUAAAAAUGUUUUCCGUAUAUAUAGUGUUCAUCUGAAAAAAAUAUUCUAACAGAGAGAUUUAUAAAAAACUGAUACCUUCAUUACUCAAUUUGUCUGCUCUCAAUGCGAAUUUCUGUAUAUAUAUAUCCUGUACAUAGCUUUAUGAAAAAAUAUAUCACCGUCACUUUCUUAAAGAUUAUUUUUUAUAUUGAAAAUAUGUACAAUGUUUACAAUAAUUUUUAGUUAUCUUCAUAUUGCGCACAUAAAUUAACAUUUAUAUAUUCACUAUUUAAAAUUCAGUUAUCUGUUUAAGUAUUUAUUUUAUGUAAGUUAUACAUAUGUGUGCAAUAUUUCUAUAUGACUUAAUAUAUUCCAAAAAUAAAAUAAUCAAAUUUGCAAAUUGCUUCAUAAUUGUAACGAUUUUAAAGAGAAAAUGAGUCUCGCAUGUAUAUUUUAGAUGCUCUGUCUCGUGAAAUUUUGUUUUAUCAAUAUUAAAUAUGUCAGAAUGAUACGCAGCAUAUAAUAUAAUGUCAUAUUAUAAAUAUGUUUUACAAUGCAACCAUGUGCAUUUGAGUACAUAGAUAUGGUGAUGUUGAUAAUGUUCAGAUGAUAAACAAACAAGACUAUAUAGCAAACAAGACUAUAUUAUCAUUAAGAACAAAAGUUAUAUAUAAAAAAUAUAUAUACAUAUAUUGAAUUAAUAUUCUAUUACUAUAUAUAUAUAUAUAUA